AGGCGGCCUCCUCGGUCCACGCACGUGAGCUUGAUCGCCCUAAAAGACCAAUUGAUUAAUAGUACAAAUUAGCACAAUGCAUCUCUUAACUAGUUUUGCCAACGGUAUCGUUAAACUGAAGAACAGAGGAAUGUUAUUGUCUUAUUUGGUGAAUCAUAAAAGGAACCAAAUCUAAAACCUCUGCAAAAUAAACUCUUUCUACAAUUCAAGGCAGAAGCAGCGUUUUUGUUACUUGUGUAACAAGACGACGAUGACAAGGCUACGGAGGUCUCCGUGUUUACACCUCAUUGUGUGGUACUUCUGUAUUGCCGGUUCCGUUCACGUAGUUCGAUCUCAAAACCAAACCGGAGCCACUACUCAUCCCGACGAAGCGCGAGCUUUGAACUCCAUCUUCGCGGCUUGGAAGAUACAGGAGCGGAGUAAAUGGAACAUCAGCGGCGAACUUUGCACCGGGGCCGCCAUCGACGCCAGUGUCCUCGACACCAACACUGCAUUCAAUCCUCUCAUCAAAUGCGACUGUAGUUUCGAAAACUCCACAAUCUGCCGCAUAAACAACAUCAAGGUUUAUGCGUUAGAUGUUAAAGGACCUAUACCUCAAGAGCUCUGGACUUUGACAUUCCUCACCAAUCUGAACCUAGGUCAAAAUUUUCUCACAGGCUCACUGCCUCCUGCAAUUGGAAACCUGACUCGAAUGCAGUGGAUGACUUUUGGGAUCAAUGCCUUGUCUGGCCCUCUUCCUAAGGAAAUCGGUUUGCUUACAGAUUUAAGAUUACUUAGUAUUGGUUCAAAUAACUUUUCCGGAUCUAUACCAGACGAGAUUGGGAAUUGUACAAAACUACAGCAGAUAUACAUAGACAGUUCUGGACUCAGCGGGAGAAUACCUUUAUCAUUUGCUAAUUUUAUGGAGCUAGAACAAGCUUGGCUUGUUGAUCUGGAAGUUACAGGUCAGAUACCAGACUUUAUAGGAAAAUGGACGAAACUUACUACAUUGAGAAUUCUCGGAACUGGUUUGAGUGGUCCAAUUCCAUCGUCAUUUGCCAACUUAACUGCUUUGACAGAACUGAGGCUUGGUGAUAUAUCCAAUGGAAGCUCAUCUCUUGAAUUCAUCAAAGACAUGAAAUCUCUUAGUGUAUUAGUAUUGAGGAACAACAAUCUCACUGGGACAAUACCAUCUACUAUUGGAGGAUACUCAAGUUUGCAACAAGUUGAUUUGAGCUUCAACAAACUACAUGGACCGAUUCCGGCUUCACUUUUCAACUUGAGUUUACUUACUCACUUGUUUCUGGGAAACAACACGUUGAAUGGUUCCUUGCCCACUCAAAAGAUACAGUCUUUGAGCAAUAUAGAUGUGUCGUACAAUGAUUUGUCUGGAAGUCUUCCUUCAUGGGUCAGCUUACCAAAUUUGAAACUUAACCUAGUUGCUAACAACUUCACAUUAGAAGGUCUUGACAACAGGGUUUUACCAGGACUGAUCUGCCUGCAGAAAAAAUUCCCCUGCAAUCAAGGCAAAGGAAUCUGUAAGUGUAACAGAGAUAUAUUUUGUUAUCCUACAUGUGCAGUAAACAAACACAUGGACAAUUGGAAUUGGAAAAAAUUGUUUAAGCAUUUCUGUAUUGAUUGGUGUCUAGAUUCUAACUUUUCGAUCAACUGCGGAGGCCCAGAGAAAAGAUCUGUUAGAGAAGCACUAUUUGAGAAGGAUGACGAGAAUCUUGGACCAGCUUCAUUUAUUGUGAGUGCUGGUCAGAGAUGGGCAGUCAGUAGUGUAGGACUUUUUUCCGGAAGUAGCAAUAUAUACAUAGCGACUUCACAAUCACAGUUUAUCAACACUUUGGAUCCAGAACUUUUCCAGUCAGCAAGACUUUCUGCAUCUUCCCUGAGGUAUUAUGGGUUGGGGCUAGAAAAUGGAGGCUACACUGUAACACUCCAGUUUGCUGAAAUACAAAUUGAAGGUUCUAACACUUGGAAAGGUAUUGGAAGACGACGAUUUGACAUUUAUGUCCAGGGAAGACUUGUUGAGAAGGAUUUUGAUAUACGCAGAACAGCUGGUGACUCUACUGUUCGAGCAGUUCAGAGAGAAUAUAAAGCAAAUGUAUCAGAAAAUUACCUCGAGAUUCAUCUUUUCUGGGCUGGGAAAGGAACAUGUUGUAUUCCUAUCCAAGGGGCUUAUGGACCAUUAAUAUCAGCCGUUAAUGCAACACCAGAUUUCAGACCAACUGUGGCUAAUAGGACACCAUCUAAAGGAAAGAACAGGACUGGUACCAUUGUGGGCAUCAUUGUUGGCAUAGGAUUUUUAAGCAUCUUUGCGGGUGUGGUCAUGUUCAUUAUCCGAAAAAGAAGAAAGUGGUACACAGAUGAUGAAGAACUACUUAGUAUGGACGUAAAACCUUACACCUUUACUUACUCGGAACUUAAAAGUGCAACUCAAGAUUUUGAUCCCUCAAACAAGCUUGGAGAAGGAGGAUUUGGGGCUGUUUAUAAGGGAAACCUAAAUGAUGGAAGAGAGGUUGCGGUGAAGCUGUUGUCAGUUGGAUCCCGGCAAGGGAAGGGACAGUUUGUUGCAGAAAUUGUAGCAAUUUCUGCAGUUCUACAUCGCAACCUAGUAAAACUUUACGGGUGCUGCUUUGAAGGAGAGCAUCGUUUGCUCGUGUAUGAGUAUCUACCUAAUGGAAGUCUCGAUCAGGCAUUAUUUGGGAAUAGGACUUUACUUCUUGAUUGGUCAACCCGUUAUGAGAUAUGUCUUGGAGUUGCCCGAGGUCUAGUUUAUCUCCAUGAAGAGGCGAGUGUUCGCAUAGUACACAGAGAUGUGAAGGCCAGUAACAUUUUGCUUGACUCCAAACUGGUCCCAAAAGUCUCUGAUUUUGGGCUUGCGAAACUAUACGAUGACAAGAAAACCCACAUAAGCACCCGAGUAGCAGGGACAAUUGGGUAUCUUGCGCCAGAGUAUGCCAUGCGUGGACAUCUAACAGAAAAAACGGAUGUGUAUGCCUUUGGUGUUGUGGCUCUGGAGCUAGUGAGUGGAAGGCAAAACUCUGAUGAGAACAUGGAGGAGGAAAAGAAAUAUCUUCUUGAAUGGGCAUGGAAUCUACACGAGCAAGGCCGUGACGUUGAACUUAUUGAUGAUGAGCUGACUGAUUUCAACAUGGAAGAAGCGAAGCGCAUGAUUUGCAUUGCUCUGUUGUGCACACAGACAUCUCAUGUCUUGAGACCACCAAUGUCACGAGUGGUGGGCAUGCUGUCAGGAGAUGUUGAAGUCAGUGAUGUCACGUCAAAGCCAGGCUACCUUACCGACUGGAGAUUUGAUGACACGACAGGCUCCUCUCUCAGCGGCUUUCAAACCAAAGGCACAACAGGGUACUCCACGAGCUUUAUGGCGUGUGGAACUGAAAUAUCACCCAGAUACAGGGACUCUAAGCCAAUGCUUGGAGCCAAGAUCAAUGAGGGAAGAUAACAAUGUAUCAUCUGCUAUUGAUGGCUACGGAGAUGUUUGUAUAUGGAAGAUAACAAUAUUGACAAUUUUCUUCUUUGAUUGGAGAAACAGAUUUCACUGUGAUUCAAUAAUAAUAAUAUGUUUAGUA